AUGGUGGCCACAGCUACUCUCAGAAGCCUCAGCCUAAGUCAGACCCUAUCCGGGAGCUUCUGGCCCUACUUCAGAGCCUAGACCUUGAGGUGCAGCAGAGGGAGCAUGACAGUCGGGACAUCAUGUGUGGCAUCUGCAUGGACAAGGUGUGGGACAAGCCAGAAGCACAGCGGAUCUUCGGCAUCCUGCCCAACUGUAGCCAUGCCCACUGCCUGGGCUGCCUGCGCACCUGGCGGAAGAGCCGACAGGACUUCCCACUGGAUGUCAUCAAGGCCUGUCCCCAGUGCCGUGUCCAUUCCAGCUACAUCAUCCCCUGCAAAUUCUGGGUGAGCAAGGGGCCUAAGAAGGAGCAACUCAUUAGGAACUUCAAGGCUCGGACCAGCCAGAUUCGAUGCCGGUUCUUCAUACGGGGGAAUGGCCGCUGCCCCUUUCAGGCUGACUGCAUUUACCUGCACCAGCUCCCAGAUAAGGCCCUGACCUCUGAUCCUCCCUGGACCAAGAGUAUGCAGCUGGCCUCUGUGGUGGGCACAACAGCAUACCUAGGGGGCACGGAACCAGAGGAGGAAGUGUUCUUCAUGGACUGUGCCCUGGCCAUGGCCUUCUGGGGUUCAGAACUCCCACUGGACCCCAACAGUUCUUACCACUGCCUCCUGUAACCAGGAUCAACAUGUGGGGGAUGGGGCUGAGGGGCAGGGGUUGCUAGGUGGUAGGUCUUUUCCCUUUUUGGGCUUGGUGGGGGGUGAAAAUAGCAAGCCCUCCACCCCCAUGAACCACAGCAGUGACACAGUUGGGGAACAUGGGGAUGAGGGAGGGCUCUUGGAAAGAGGAAGGGUUCUCACCUUCUUGCCGGGGACUUGGUUUUUAACUUUGCUCUUUUGUAGACAAAUUCUGAAAGAAAACCAAUAAAAUGCGCCUAAGCCAUCA